ACGCACCGUUUUUUGUAAAUCUGAUGUAAAUAAACGAAUGACAGAGACGCUGAUGAUAGUGAAAUUGUUACAAAAUACCGAUCAAAUCAAUAGUAAUUUGAAGAAAAAAGCUCCUAGCAGUUACUGGCUAUAUUGAUGUCCAGCCUUGCCGCCAGUUUAUCGCCAACUCCUACUAUCAGACUGAAUCGUCCCACGCUGAAAGCUCGUGGCCAAUGCCGCAGGAUCGGUUCGCCGAGAGAAGUGGUCGGUCCCCCCCGAUAGUCCCUGCAGGUCUCCUCAGAGCUCUGCUGUCCGCACGUGGCGUUCACUCUGAAUCAUCUGUGGACCUGUCACUGGUGAAAGACCAUGUCUGAGGUGAAUAAAGAAGUGGUGGAUUUGGUUUGGGGGAAACCCUCCAAUGGAGUAGUGUCUGCAUCCAUCUUUCGGAGAUGGACUCAAGGAUUUGUUUUCAGUGAGCAUGAGCCCACAGCGCUGGAGCAGUUUGAAGGAGGUCCAUGUGCUGUUAUUGCACCUGUUCAGGCAUUCCUCCUAAAGAACAUUCUAUUCAACAGUGAAUGUCCCAGUUGGAGACAAAUGUCUGAGGAAGAACAGAAAACCGCACUGUGUUCAACGCUAACAGAGAUCUUGGAAUCUGCUUGCUCCAGUCCCUCCACAGGCUACUGCUUAGUGACAUGGGCCAAGGGACAGAGCCCGCAUGCUAGCAGCACGCACACAAACACACAAGAACAAACCCAGCCAAACUCACAGGAUGUACCAGAGCCAGAGAGCAGCCAGCCAGCACAAGAACAGCCCUCUGGUUUGGCUGUUGAAGAAUUUGGCUUUGAAAGAUUUCACAGUGUGCUCCAUAAACGAUCUAUCAUGUCAGUAGCUGAUCUCAGAGAGGAGGUGCUGUCUCUUUACCACACCUGGAGGGGGUGCUGUGGAGUUUUGCUUUUCCUUUACUCUGUGAUUUUCACCAAGGGAAUAGAGAAUAUACGGAAUGAAAUCCAGGACACACUGGAGCCUCUAAUAGACCCUGUGCAUGGCCAUGGCAGCCAAAGCCUGGUUAACCUUCUAGUUACUGGCCAUGCUGUUUCGAAUGUGUGGGAUGGAGACAGGGAAUGUUCUGGCAUGAAACUACAUGGAAUACAUAAGCAGGCAAUGGUUGGUUUCUUAACCCUCAUGGAAUCUCUUCGCUAUUGCAAGGUUGGGGCAUUCCUCAAAUCGCCAAAAUACCCUAUUUGGAUCCUUGGCAGUGAAACUCACCUCUCAGUGUUCUUCACUAAGGAGAUGUCCCUGGUGGGUCCUGAGUCACCUUCUGAACAAGCAAGGAGGGUCUUCCAGUCAUUCGAUCCUGAAGAUAAUGGUUUCAUCCCUGAAUCUCUCCUGGAGGAUGUGAUGAAAGCCCUCGACCUGGUCUCUGAGCCAGAGUACGUCAAUUUGGUGAAGACGAAGUUGGAUCCAGAGAGUUUGGGUGUAAUUCUUCUUGGGCCAUUUCUGCUGGAGUUCUUCCCUGAUCAGGAUUCAGGAAUCCCAGACUCAUUUCCCGUCUACCACUACAAUGGGCUCAAACAGUCCAACCACAACGAGAGGGUGGAAUACGUGGAGGGGACUGCUGUGGUGCUAGGGUUCGAGGACCCCAUGGUUCGGACGGAUGACACGCCGGUGAAGCGCUGCCUACAAACCAAGUGGCCCUACAUCGAGCUGCUGUGGACCACCGACCGAUCCCCCUCCCUCAACUGAACUGGCACUGACUCUGGGCACAGUGACUGCAAAGGUCCAGCACAUGGCAAAGACUGAAGCUCACAAAUGUUAAUGAAGACACAACUGUACACGAGACAUUCAUGGACAAAGCUCCUGCACUCACACAUUCCACUGAAAAUCUCACUUUUGCCAUUCCACUGUCACUUCAUCUGUCAAAGGAUGUUAAUGGACCAGGCAUAUAUUUACUGUUCAUAGGUUGUAUUUAUGUUGCGUUCAACAUGCUUAAGAGGUGAUCAUUUCAAACUGAGGUUGGGCAGCUAAUAAUUCUAUGGUAACAUUUUCAAUUUAAGUCUCGAAAUGCAAACAUCUUGACAUGGUUCAUGGUUCAAUUCUCUGUAAUUACUGGAUCACAUGAAACAACAACUGACACUAUAUGUAACAUCUGUGUUAAAGGGAAAUAUUGUUCUAUUAAAUAAGUCUGAAUUUUGACAGAGCAAACAAAUAUAAGAGGUGGACCCAAUAGCUUAUACUCUAACUAGAUUCAACAUUUGCGGAUAUCUUUCAAAAUCUGGGAAUCACCCAAAAAGAAAUGAGGCAACAUGUGAACAACUGUGAACCCUGCCUAUUUUCAAAACAGGUGCAUCGUGUAACUUUUCCAGUUGGGUGCGGCCAACCUGCUCCAUGGAGAAACUGUUGCUUAGAUUUGCCUGGAAUAUUCCAUAGUAUGACAUUACAUUUAUGCAUCUCGCUUUUAAUAAAUUACAGGUGUUUUGUGGCUGGAAAUACCUUGAAAAAACAUGCAUUCUCACUGUGAAAGGGCUCGCCUCUCCACAGAUCUGACCUGUAAUUUGUCCUGGUGGUGUCUUCAUGGCGAUAGAUAAGUUUAAUGUCAUACUGUGGAACAUUCCAGCCAAAGCAUUAACAGGAAAAGUUACAUAAUCCACCUUUUAAGUGAUGGUAUUAUGAAGUAAGAGGUUUGUGCAUGCCAUGGAUUUCAGAUAAUACACAUGACUCAUUUAGCUACAGCACUGUUCAAGGGAAAACUUACCAAAGCCUUUCACAUUUGGGGCCGUCAUAAAGUGAUGCGUUUACAGCGUUCGGGACCAGCCCACACGCACUCCGUUGGACAUUCUACAGUGUUCCUCAGCCAGAUGGAAAGGUGCAAGUCCAUACCACCCGGAUGCUGGCUGAGUAGUUAUGUAUUUAUUAUCACUGAGAAGGCUCUGUAAUAAAUACUUUUUGGUUUGACUG